AUGAAGCAGUUGAUUUCUUCGAGGACACUUGCUCUCCCCUCCGGAGUGGACGUGGAGGUCAAGGCCCGGCAAGUUCGCGUGAAGGGCCCCAGGGGCGUGCUGAAGAAGGACUUCAAGCACCUUGCCGUGGACAUGUUCCUGACGGAGGAGGAUGGGCAGAAGGUGCUCAAGGUGGACAACCACUUUGGCAAGCGGAAGAGCCUGGCCUCCAUCCGCACAUGCAUCUCGCACGUGCAGAACCUGAUCACGGGUGUGACCAAGGGCUUCGAGUACAAGAUGCGCCUGGUGUACGCGCACUUCCCCAUCAACAUCAACCUGGAGGGCAACGGCACCAAGGUGGAGAUCCGCAACUUCCUGGGCGAGAAGCGCGUGCGCAUCGUCAACAUGCUGGCGGGCGUCAAGUGCGAGCGGUCCUCCGCCGUCAAGGACGAGCUGGUGCUGACCGGGAACGACAUCGAGCUGGUGUCUCGCUCCGCGGCCCUCAUCCACCAGGUCUGCCUGGUCAAGCACAAGGACAUCCGCAAGUUCCUGGACGGCAUCUACGUCAGCGAGCGCGGCACCCUGGUGAAGGAGGAGUGA